AUGUUUAAAGCGUUACAACUAUCCGGAGGUCGAGUAGUAGAAGUUUUGAGCAGUUGCGAGUUCCAAGAUAUCGUCAAUAAACCGAUCGAGGAUGACGAGAAGGUCAUGAGGAAAUUGAGUCCAGGAUUUGAUCACUGUACAUGCAAUUGGUGGGUAGAUUUACCUGCAAUUCCCAACAAGGAUAACAAAGUGAAAUUCGGUACAACGAGUUUGGAAAUGCUCCCCAAGACCGACUGUUCCAGUGAAAUGCACAUGUCUGAGUACCCUUUUGUCGAAAGAGCUCAUCUCAACAGCCUUCAACAUUCUAUAUCUAAAAGCGAUGUUGCUGAUACGUAUGUAUUUCGGGAAGCUGAUCGUCUAAAGCAGGCUAUGGAUCGAUGGGAGAAGGAUGGUAUAACCGGUGUUAUCGACCAUGUAGCAAACAUCACCGAAGACAGCAAGCUGUGGCCAAUUUCUAGACUUGGCAGAGGAGUAUUGCGAGUACGAAACGGACUUGCUAGCGUAGCAGCUCGAGUUCUUCCAUCCAUGGGACAGGAUCGCAUUGAGGAGCUGCUACACCAAUACAGUACUACUAUGAAUUGGAAAAAUAAUUGGCUAGGGCGGUGUGUGGCUGUGCACCUGACGCAUAGACGGCCGUCUGCUCUGUGGCAGAAUCAACAACUACAUCUGGGUCUACAAUAUCGGUCCAAGUCAAACACCCGUACAUUGAAGCACGGAUGCCUUUGCAGAACAACACCAUUCGACCAACGCGUGCUUGCUGUUGCUGCAAACAACAAAAUUCUUAUCUGGAGGCUUAGUGUGAAGGCCACAAACAUCAAGCCAUCCGUCCGUUGCGCUCAAGUAAUUGAGCUACCAGCCGCGCCUAUUAGUCAAAUUGUCUGGGAUCGUACAACAACGAAUGUUUUGCUGGCCGUGUCACCCAAUAGCAACAAAAUAAUGAUCGUUGACAUUUCUACUGGUGAGGUGGAUUGCUUUGGUGCAUGGACUGGUGGUAAUGUCACAAGAAUCGUACCAACAAAUGAUGGUCGGCGACUGGCUGUUCUUUACACAGGAAAUGUUAUAAGAGUUUACGACCGUAGCACGUGGCGUGAGGAGCGGUGGAGUGGCCUGGCAGGUCGAGCAGUUAGCGCUGUCUGGUCGCCAUCAGGAGAUUCCUUAGUGUUCUCCUCAGAGGACAGCUAUCAGAUCUAUGCGAUUUCAUUUGUGGCAAAGAAUGAAAUCAACGAAGACGGAAUCUCUGAAGCAAAUUGUUACAUUGGUGGAAAGAUUCAUAAUUUGACGUUGAGCCCUGAUGGACCAAAGAUUGGCAAAAAUCCGCCUGUUGUGGCUUUGUUCAUUGUGGACUGGUUACCCACUGUAAGAUUUAUCCCAAGCGGUCUGGUGGAAGCGCCCUUAUAUGGACAUCCGUCUAUACUAUUUUUCCUGCCAAAGUUCAGCAACGGAUCCUUGCUCGCCAUUGUAUGGUCUUCUGGAAGUCUGCAGUAUUUACCUAUGCUUUAUGGUUGUAACACAUCACAGUUCAAUUCGAGGUCGAUCCUUGACGAAAUAAGUGGUCAUUCAAGUCCAGGGCAUAGGACCACUAGUGACUCAUUGCGUUCGUCUGAAUUGCCGAGUGGGUGCAGGGAUCGUUCACCAAAUGAAGAGAUCGUUUUGUUUUCGGAACGGUUCCGAACAAGUAGAUCUACUGAGUCGCAGCGAAAUUAA